CAUCCUGUCAUCCACUCAUGCAGAAGGACCUGCCUCAGUAUUGGUAUAACAUUAGAUGCUUGCAUUCUAGGAUUAAAUGUUUUAAAAGAUAAAAUAGUGUUGUAUUGUUGGUUUGGCUUUGGGACCAAUACCAAUAGCCUGCUCCGGGUAGAUGUCUGUUACCAUGAGGACAACCAUUUUGGGGAGAGCUCUGCUAUUGAUGCUCCAUGUCACACUGGGCUCCUGCCAAUCAGAGGAUAAUUUUCUUAUGUAUGAUGAGAAUAUGAACAAAUGCCUCAGAGGCAGUCAGCCCCUGAUGUUAUACCACUGUGACUCCAACCAUCCAAGUCAGCAGUUCCGCUGGACAUCAGAAGACCGCAUCUUCAAUGUUCACUUGAAAAAGUGUCUGGGAGCUGGGAGCAGAGCUGAUGGCUCAGGUCUACAGUGGUUCACCUGUGAUGACAAGAGUGACCUGCAGAAGUGGGAAUGUAAGAACAACACAAAGCUAAAUCUGAAGGGGACAGAUCUUUUCGUAUCUCAGGAGGAGAACACUGUUCUCAGACUCACCCAAGACAAUAGCACUGCCAGCCAGUGGCUAAUCCAUGGCACCGAGGAGGGGCUUUGCUCGCGCCCAUACCGAGAAAUCUACACAGUACAAGGCAAUGCCUUUGGUAGUCCUUGCCAUUUCCCCUUCCAUUAUCAAGGCCAGUGGUACUCAGAUUGUAAGCUGGAAGAGCCCACACAGCGAUAUUGGUGUUCAGUAGACAGAGACUACAACGACAAAUGGGGCUACUGCCCCACAACACGAAGUCAACCUUUGGAGUCAGAGGGCUGGAAGAAGAACCCCCUAACGGGUGUGUAUUACCAGGUGAACGUCAACUCUGCCCUGACAUGGCACCAAGCCCGCAUGAGUUGUCAACAGCAGGACUCAGACCUCCUGAGCAUCACUGAGCCCCAGGAGCAGACCUUCAUCUCAGGGAUCACAAACGAAUUCCAAACCAGUCUUUGGAUCGGGUUAAACCAACUGAACUCUGAGAGCGGAUGGCAAUGGGUGGAUGGGAAUCCAUUUUCCUAUUUAAGAUGGGGAUCAGGACAGCCAAAUCCAGCCCCGGGAUGGUCAUGUGCCUCCCUAAUCACUGCACAAAACUACGAGUGGCAAAACAAGCUGUGCUCCAGAAGACAUGGGUAUAUCUGCCAGAGAAGAACUACAAUCUCAGCUACUGCUACACCUGCUCCACCAGUUACUUGCAAUGCUCCGUGGAUUUCAUAUGCAGGGCACUGCUAUUUCUUGAACCGCACAAAGAAGACAUGGAAGGAUGCUAAUGCCCAGUGCAUAGCUGGUGGUGGACAUUUAGCGAGCAUUCACAACAUAGAGGAACAAAGCUUUGUCCUCUCACAGCUGGGCUACAGAGAGACAGAUAAGCUGUGGAUUGGACUGAAUGACAAAAAGACCCAGCUGCUGUUUGAAUGGAGCGAUCAUUCUCGGGUCAUGUUCACUGCAUGGGAUGUGCAGGAGCCCUCACACCACCGAUCUGAAGAGGAGGACUGUGUCCUCAUGGGGGGAAAGGAUGGGAAAUGGGGAGAUGCAAGUUGUGAAGAGCAAAAUGGGUUGAUCUGUAAAAAAGCUGGAGACUCUGCAUCAUCAUCGGCAAUGGAGCAUAACAACAUUGGCUGCAAAGCUGGGUGGACUAGGCAUGGCUACAAUUGUUACUUUGUCGGCCCGACCACAAAAACAUUUGAUGAAGCAAAAGACAGUUGUCAAGACAGCGGAGCACACUUGGUUGAUUUGCCAGACAGAUUAGAGAAUGCAUUUCUUAUCAGCAUGGUUGGAGCCAGACCUGAGAAGCACUUCUGGAUAGGGCUGAACAACCAAAGAAACCUUUCUGUUUUUGAAUGGACCAACACCCCGAAAGUCCCUUACACUCAUUGGAAUGCUCGUAUGCCAGGCCAGAAACAGGGCUGUGUGGCUAUGACCACUGGCACUCUGGCAGGGCUGUGGGAUGUACUGAGCUGCUCCAACAAGGAGAAAUACAUCUGCAGACAUCAGGCUGAGGGAGUAGUCACCACUCCUGCCCCUACCACCUCACCCGCCCCGAGAUGUGCAGUGGGCUGGAGCCCGCUGGGGGACAGGCCAUUCUGUUUCAAGUUCUUUGAAAUGCCGUCUCGAGAACAGAGGAGCUGGUCAGAAGCUUUGGAAUACUGUAGAUCUAUAGGUGGUGAUCUAAUGAGUGUUCAUAGUGAUGCAGAAGGAGAACUUCUUAAACCUGCUCGUAUACCUCCAAUUUACCCCUGGUAUCGGGACCUUGACCACUGGCAUGGGGAACCUGACCCCUGGCAUAUGCCACCUCACUACUGGCUUCAAAGGGAGGGAUGGAUUGGUUACAGUGCUCAGGACCCUACUGUUGGCUAUACAUGGUCAGAUGGGUCUUCGUCCUCUUUCACUAACUGGAACUGGGGUGAACCGAACAACCUGCACAAUAUGGAGAACUGUGUUGAAAUUGUUCACAACAUGAAAUGGAAUGAUGCUCCUUGCGUGAAAAAGAAUGAUUUCUAUUGUGAAAUACAUAAAGGACGUACCCCCAAUGAACCUAAUGCUAAUCUAACUCAAUACAAUGUCACAGAAGAUGGAUGGGUUAGAUUCAAUGGUCAUCAGUACUUUCUGAAUAGUCAACGCAGACAUGACAUGGAAGAGGCUCAAACAUCCUGUCAGAAAAAGCAUGGGGACCUUGUAGUAAUUGACAGUGAAGAAGAAUGGACAUUUCUACAUACACAGAUGCAAGUACAGGUAAAUCGAGAUGUCAGCUAUUACAUUGGACUUAAAGUAGACUUGGAGAAAAAUGCACAGUGGAUGGACCAGACUCCAGCAAUUUUCACAAAAUGGCGUACUGAUCAGCCGCAAUUCCACGCCUACGAUGAGACCUGUGUGACAAUGGAUGCCGGUUAUGGUACCUUGACUAACAUCAACUGCGGUGCAGAGUGUGGCUAUAUUUGUGAGCGCGAUGAAGGUCAUCCUGUGAACUCUACAGCUGCCCCUGCCCCAACUGAAGCCCCUAAGCCCGGAGGCUGUGCCUCAGAGUGGACACAGUUCAACCAAUACUGCUACAAGCCUCACCCUGACGAAAGAAACUGGACUGAUGCUAAAACGAUCUGCAACAAAUUGAAUGGACAUCUAGUAUCAAUUCGAAACAGCGAAGAACAAGCAUUUGUGACAACUAUGAUGGCAAAUUAUUCACAAAAUAUGUGGAUCGGCUUACGAGAAGCUAGAGGCUUCCAGUGGACCGAAGGGAAACGUGUUACAUACAGCAACUUUGUAAAUGGAAGGAUGGCAAUGUAUGCAGCAAGUAUCAGGAGUUGCAUUGCAAUGGAAGGCAAACAAAGGAAAAAUGUUGGCAAGUGGGUGUUUACUCUAUGCUCUACUGCUCUCGGAUUUAUCUGCAAACGACCCACAGAUACCACCAUCCCACCACAGCCUUCAAUUCCUCAGUCGUAUGUCAGUUUUAGGAAUGACUCAUUAAAAGUGCUGCCAAGCAAUCUGACCUGGUUUGAGGCCCAGAAAGCUUGUGAGGAAGAUCAGGCCCAUCUAGUCAGCAUCCGUGAUGCCGUCACACAAGCCUUCAUUCAACUGCAAGCCCAUGAACUCAAACAGCCCAUCUGGAUUGGUCUCAACAAAAAUUUGACAGAUGGUUAUUUUACAUGGAUAGAUCAGUGGCACUUAAACAUGGAGAACUGGGUACACUGGUCAUCAUCCUCUUCAUUUCCAUGUGUAUAUGUGGAUUUGAAUGGCAAGUGGAAUCCUGCUCCAUGUAACCUAUCUCUCCCCAGCGUAUGCAAGCGCUCAACAGACACUCCACCAGUAACCAUUACCCAGUAUCCGGGGAUCUGCCCAAACUCAUGGGUGCCAUUCAGGAACUACUGCUACAAGCUGGGAACUGACAGAGGCUCCUGGUCAACAGCUCUUACCGAGUGUCUAGGAUUAGGAGCAUCUUUGCUAAGCAUUGAAGAUACCGAAGAGGCUGACUUUAUAAAAACUAUUUUGGAGUAUGUAGAAGACACAUAUGACCUCAUAUGGAUUGGUCUGUUCAAAACCAACAAAGAUCAGUGGCACUGGAUUGACAGGAGUAUACUGAGUUAUAUCAACUGGGGUGAGUAUCAACCCAGUAGCGAUGGCUAUGCUGCAAUGUCAACGUCAGAUUUGACAUGGAGAACUAAAUCCAAGUACCGUAUUCUGGGAUAUAUCUGCAAAAAGGCCAAAGAGCCCAGGCCUACAGUGGCAGUGCCUGAAACCGUUGCUUCAAAGGUUUACCGCGUCCAUACAGGUGUGAUUGCUGCCUUUAUCAUCACCUUGGGAACUGUGACAGGAUUCAUAGCAUUUUUUUAUUACAGAGGCUAUAAACCAUCAUUACCCACAUUGACCUCUUUUGGAAAUCAUUUGUACUUCAAUUCCACUGAGUCUGAUAUCUCUGAAAAGGUUAGUGUUGUACAGAACAUGGAGAUAGACUCAUGUUCACUAGAGAAGGACAAUUUGGCAGAUGAUAAAGACAUCUAAACUUUGUCUGAAGUAUGUCAUGGUAAGAUCACUCACUUUAAAGUAUAUAAACAAACAUUGGUGACAUUAUAAUGAACCCUCGUCCAAGUUGUAGAUCAGUAACACCUGAGCCAUUAUUCGACUAAUUCUAUACAUUUUUCGGAAUAAUUUACCUGAAAAAGUCAUGGAAUGAAGUGAAUUUGUUAAAAGGAAUAAGAAAGGUAUUUAAAUUCUAUUUUGCUAAUUGGGUCCAGAAGCACAAAAUAACACAUUUUUUUUUAAUACUGUAUGUUGUAACGCGCAUGUUUUAUGUGUCACAUAAUUUUCUUGCUCUUUAUCAUCUUUUCACUUACACUGUAAAUGCUACUGUUAAUGGUUAUCACUGUGAAGGAACAUCAGAAGUCAAUUCCAAUAUCACAGCUUAUGUAUAGUGUUAUUGCAUGUGUAGAAACGGCACUAUAUUCUAUUCUAUUCUAUUCUAUUCUGCUCUGUUCUAUAUACGGAUGAAAUGUACGACCCCUGUUGUAUAGUGUUUUAAAAGGCUAUAUAUACACUCUAGAUCCUUGGCCUUCAAGAAGCAAGUAAUGACUAUUCUCUUGCGUGACUAUUUACUACACUUAUGCUUGAGCUGCCCCAGUCCCUUAUAUUUUCUGUGCACUUUGUAUCUGCUCAUGAUGUUCACAAUGAUUAUGUCCUCGAUUGUAAGUCGGUUUGGUUAAAAAGCGUCUGCCAAAUGCAAUGUAAUGUAAUGUAAUGUAAAGGCUGAUUAAAAUGGAUGUCCUAUGUUAAAGUCAUUUGAUGAACAACAA